AUGUUUCGAUCGGUACAACUUAAACGCUUGGAGGAAAUCAAGAUGUUUGGAUUAAACAGCGACCGAUUCCGAUUCGUCACUCUGCUGGUCGCGCUGGUGGCCGUACUGGCGCUGACGCGCACGUGUGCAGGCGCACGCAGGCAACAGUGCCAGUGCACCGAUGGCCGCCUGGUCGACUCCAUUGAUGAGUGCCUGCAGACCGCGGAUGACGGCAACGGAGAAACGGUACAGACCAGUACCACGGACACCCAGGACAACGGCGACAGCGGGACGAUGACUGAGUCCGAAACCGCUGCCGACUUCUGGCCCUCCCGCUGGGGCGCCGAUGACCAGGCCGGGUCCUCCAACUGGAUAACUGCGGAAAAGGUUUUGGAGGCCGCAAAUCUUAUCGAGACCGGAGACAUCUACGAGUUGGGCCGCCAAUACAGGCAUGGUAUGCCUCUGUUCGGGACCAGGACUUACUCGCUUACCAUCCCCGGCGCUCCCACCGGCGGGCCCUUCCCCGGUGGCCUCAUCUACCACGAUGAGUUCAUCGUCGGCGAACUUGGCCAGGUCGGCACCCAGUUCGACGGCCUCGGCCACGUCGGUUACAUCCACAACGGAGUGGAGCGGUUCUACAACGGGCUCACCGAAGACGAGAUAAUGGGAGGCUACGGCCUGCAGCAACUGGGUGUUGAGCAGAUAAAGCCCAUCUUUGCCAGGGGAAUCCUGAUCGACAUCGCCGGCUACAAGGGUGAGAUGCUGGACGCCGGCACUGUGGUCACCAUGGAGGACGUCAAUGGCGCCCUGGAAGCCCAGGGGAUGUCUGAGGAUGACAUCACCGAUGGCGACGUAGUGCUGUUCCACUACGGAUGGGGAGACCUCUGGGGUGUGGACGACGACAGGUACAACGCCGGCGCCCCGGGCAUAGGCCUGGAGGUCGGCAAGUGGCUUUCCGGCCAGAACAUCACCCUGGUCGGCGCUGAUACCUGGCCCGUGGAAGUUGUCCCCGGCGUUGACGACGCUGACGCCUUCCCCGUGCACAAGCAUCUGCUCGCCGAGAACGGCAUACUGAUCCACGAAAACUUGGACCUCGGCACUCUGGCCGACGACGAGGUGUACGAGUUUGCCUACAUCUUCGUUCGCGUGCCGUUCAAGGGUGGCACCGGCUCUCCCGGCAGCCCCAUCGCGGUCAAGUAG